UCAAUGUUCAGCUUCUCCGCGUACUAAAAACAUACUCAAAUGAUCAAAAUUUCAUGUUACAGGAGAUUUUUAGGGUUUACGUUAUCUUGGUUUAUUUGAGUAAGACAAAAUUUGGGGUUUCAUUUAUAGCAUGUCGUGGAUAAAAUUAGUUGAUACCCCACCCACACAGACGCAAUCGAAUCACAAACACAAUUAUUCCAUCCGAAAGUUUGUCAAUUUCAUGCAUUACCAAAUACCCAAACGAGCAAUCACUUCGAUUCAUUCUCGUUGCUAGCCAAUGCCAGGAUCCAUUCAAGUUUCAGUUCUGGACUUCAAGGAGCUUCCAUCUUCGUCAAAUUCUGUAAAGGUUGCAUUGGGGAAAGUCGAGCAUGAAGCCGGGGAGAAAGAGACUUUCUCUUUUCCAUUAACGAAUCUGCGCGACAAUUUGAUCAUCUCAAUUCAGGAUUCCGAGGGAAAUCAAAUAUCACAUUCAGGUAUUCGAACCAUGUCUAUAAUUGAAAAGGGUACUUGGGAUGACUUGUUUCCCAUUGAAGGAGGUGGACUUAUACAUAUGAAGUUGCAGUUCAUUCUUAAUGAUGAGGAGCGCAAUAGGAUCCGUUCAAUGAGAGAAGCUGCAAUGAAGAAGAAGCAAGCUGAGAUUCUUAAUAGCAGGCUAAGAAAGACAGAAAGUGCCAAAUCUCUCACAUCAUUGUUGCAAAGACAUGAGGUCUCAGAUGUUUUGAGGGAUACGUCUUCUCAAUAUUUUCAAAGAAGCAGUUCUAAUAGUGAUGCUGCAAAAGCUCGUAGCUUGAACCUUCUUGAUGAUAUUUCCUUGAAGGCUGCAGAAUCUAGCCAUGUGAUAAAAGAAGAAUCUUUUCAGAAGCAAUCAUUCACAGAUCCUACAGAUAAAAAAGAAGAGACUUCAUUUCCUCCUACAAUCAAAACUCAGGCUUCACAAACAGACUUGAUUAAGAAUAAUGAAGCAGAAAAACUAGAUUUAUCGGGUGAUUCAGGUGACAAGCUAUAUGAGCAGAAUCUUGAAGAAAAAAUCACAUGUGACAUAAACAUAAAAAACAAAGAGACCACAUCUACUCCUUCAUUACAAGAAACCGAAGUGAAUACAAUAAAGUCCAAUGAGAUUCAACCUUCAUUACAAGAAUCAGUAGAAGACACCAACAUUCAUGCAUCUGAAUCAAAACCAUCAAAUGAUGAAAAGUUAGAUAAGCAGAAUCUUGAAGAGAAGAUCCAAAAGAGCAAACCCUCUACAUCAUCACAAGAAACUGAAGUAAAUACAAUUAAGAACAAUGAGAAAAGAUUGCAAGAAACAUCUUCUCAAGAUAUAACCUCUUCAAGAUCAAUUAUUGCCAAAAAGAUCAAAUCUUUUUCACCUAAGGUAGAAGGAGAACAAGAUAAGAUAACUCCACGCAAUAUAAAGAAGAUGAUUAGUGUAUUUGAAAGCAGUAUAUCUCAGGAUCGAACACCUCUAAAGCCUUUGAGUAUGAAAUCAUACAAACUUGGAACUUUACGUGUUAAAGAUAAUGAUCAAAAGUUGGAAACAUCGAGUUCAACAAGGCUUAGAAAUUCUUUUAGCAUGAGUGAUUUACAAAAAAACAUUAAUGUAACAAAAGAGGAACAAGAUGGUUUUGAAAACUUUGUAAAACCAAGUGAAACAAAUGAUUCAAAGGGAAUAGAAAAUUUAUCAAAUAAUGAAGAGAAGUUUACUCUCAUGGAAACAAACACAAAGAAGCUUCCGGAAGCAUGUCAAGAAGAUGCAACGGUUUCGGGAAGAAAGCCUCUUGAUAAUGAGAAGAGCAUUGAGCAUAUUGAAAGUGAGAGUGUUAAUGGUGGAAUGACUUCAAAUGAUAAUCAUGAGGACUUUGAACAUGAUAUUGAUUGCAAGAUUGAAGAAAAAGAUCAUCAAGAAAAGAUUGUUGCUUCUAAUUCUAUACCCGAAAUUGUUGUGAAAGGUGAAGUGCAAUGUGGAAAUGAUGAGAAUAUGAAACAAGGUGAAGAAAUUGUUCAUAUUUUGGGAAACUCAAGUCCGAAAAGUGUAGAUGAAGAAGCUUCUAAUGGAUCGGUUAAACAGGUAAUAAAAAUCGCAAUUGUGGUAGGAUUUGGAGUACUUGUUUUCUUCCUUCGACAAAGGGAGCCUCGAAAAGGCAAGAAAAAGGAAAAUUAUCGUGCAUUGAAGAAUCAAGUGUUCAUGAAUAAACGUGGAUCAAUUGAAGAACAAAGAGUGAAAUUUGGUGUGAUGAAGAUGUCUUAGCUUGGAAUUUAUAAAUGUGUUGCCAUAAGUCAUGGACUAGGAGUUGGUUUAUGUUCAAUAGCUUAUAAUGUAUGUAAAUUUACUUUUGAUGCUAUUUUGAAAUGUUUUGUAAUAUUGAAUCUUUUACUUCGAGUUUUUAUAUGAAGUAAUAAUAUUGUUU